GCCGCCUGGAUCCCACUGUGGAAGACCUCCAUCUCCUCCUCCUCCUCUUCCAGCUGCGGUGGACUGGGCAGCACCGGUCCGGUUCCAGAUGACAAUCUGUCGGUACUUGUUGAUCCCCACGGGCCGAGGUGCGGAGCGAUAAAUGCGGCCAAGUGACGCAUGUGGUGGUCGCUGUAGAUAUGUGUGACAUGUCGGAGGAGGGCGGGUAUGGAUGGCAUCAGAGCCCGGCUCUAGUAGACCAGUGACGGCGUCUUCUUUUAUGAUUUGGAUUUACCUCCUUCUCAGCCGGAGAUCAACCAAGUCACCACGGCACAAUAAUGACAGAAAACAGGACCAAGAGGACUCCAUAGCUGUGGACAUUCACCUGCUUCCUGCGUGAAAGGGCAUCAUGGAGAAGUCCUUGGCCGAGUUCACCAAAACCGGCUCCCAGUCGACGUCCUCACUCCCGCCUGAGCCGGUGGACAUCGUCCGCAGCAAGUCAUGUUUCCGAAGGGUCCGCCUCAACGUGGGCGGCCUCCCGCACGAGGUCCUGUGGAGAACCCUGGACCGGCUCCCUCGGACGCGGCUGGGCAAGUUACAAGACUGCAACAGCCACGAGUCUCUGAUGGAGGUGUGCGACGACUACAACCUGGAGGAGAAUGAGUAUUUUUUCGACCGACACCCCGGCGCUUUCACGUCCAUCCUGAACUUUUACCGCACGGGCAAGCUGCACAUGAUGGAGGAGAUGUGCGCUCUGUCCUUCAGCCAAGAGCUGGACUACUGGGGCAUCGACGAGAUCUACCUGGAGUCCUGCUGCCAGGCCAGAUACCACCAGAAGAAGGAGCAGAUGAACGAGGAGCUCAAAAGGGAAGCGGAUAAUUUAAAGGAUCGAGAGGGGGAGGAAUUUGACAACACGUUCUGCGCAGAGAAACGGAAGAAACUGUGGGACCUUCUGGAAAAGCCCAGCUCAUCUGUUGCUGCAAAGAUCCUGGCCAUCAUCUCCAUCCUCUUCAUCGUGCUGUCCACCAUCGCCUUGUCUCUCAACACCCUACCAGAGCUGCAGGGCACAGACGAGUUCGGCCAGUACACGGACAACCCCCAGUUGGCCCACGUGGAAGCGGUGUGCAUCGCCUGGUUCACCAUGGAGUACCUGCUGCGCUUCCUCUCAUCUCCCAACAAGUGGAAGUUCUUCAAAGGUCCCCUGAACGUCAUCGACCUGCUGGCCAUCUUGCCCUACUACGUCACCAUCUUCCUGACGGAAUCUAACAAGAGUGUGUUGCAGUUUCAGAACGUGCGGCGCGUGGUUCAGAUUUUCCGGAUAAUGCGAAUCCUGCGUAUUCUGAAACUUGCUCGGCACUCCACAGGACUUCAGUCACUGGGGUUCACCUUAAGGAGAAGCUACAACGAGCUGGGCCUGCUCAUUCUGUUUCUCGCCAUGGGCAUCAUGAUCUUCUCUAGUCUGGUGUUUUUUGCAGAGAAGGAUGAGGAGGACACAAAGUUUAAAAGCAUUCCAGCUUCUUUCUGGUGGGCAACUAUCACCAUGACCACAGUAGGCUACGGAGACAUCUACCCCAAAACGCUCCUUGGCAAAAUAGUCGGGGGUUUAUGCUGCAUUGCUGGAGUACUGGUGAUAGCCCUACCUAUUCCUAUUAUUGUUAACAACUUCUCAGAAUUCUACAAGGAGCAAAAGAGACAAGAAAAAGCACUUAAACGCAGAGAGGCCCUGGAGAGGGCAAAGAGAAAUGGUAGCAUUGUUUCCAUGAACUUGAAGGAAGCAUUCGCCCGUAGUGCAGAACUGAUGGACGUGGUGGUAGAGAAGAACGAGAGGCCUCAGGAUAACCACCUCUCACCCAGCCGUUGGAAGUGGACUCCCAAGAGAGCGACGUCAGAAACGAGUUCCAACCGUUCCUUCAACACCCAGCACUUAGGAUCGCCUAACAAGGGUCGAAACAGCAGUCCUCAAAAGCUAAACGUUCAAAAGCUGGAGGAAAUGUACACCCAGAUGGCCAAGACUCAGUCACAACCCAACCUCAACGCUAAAGACCGAGGUUCCAGGGUUGGGAAGCAGAGGGACGAGAUAGAGCUGGGAGCGAUACAGGAUCACCAUCCAUCAACGCUGGGAACCAGAGAAGGGGUGGGCGACAUGAAGAGUCUGUCCAGCAUUGACAGCUACAUCAGUUGUGCUACGGACUUCCAGGAGAAUCCACGAUAUCCUCAUAGCACUCAAGUGGACCUCUGCCAUAGCAACAGUGCAGCUAUAGCCUUGUCCCAGCACUCCGUGGCCAAAACAGGCCAGGAAACCAGCGGUGCACCCGUGCUGACUCCCGUAACAGUCUCAAAACCCUCCUGCUCAGAAAAUGCAAGGAAAUUCUUAUUUUCCCGUAAUGCGUCAAGAAGCCUUUUCUCCAAGGGAGGCUGCCGCAAUGACAAGGAGCCCAGGCCGUCGCCACUCUCGGACAGCUCCGUCUUGUCCGACCACUCUCUGCUAAGCCCCGAGGUUUCCGUCUACACCACGGCCAGCAGCAGGACCCCGCCCAAGUCCCCGGAGAGGGCCGCCCUGGCCCCGACCGUCUUCACCUUCCAUGACUCUUCCAUCAGCAAAUACAUCGACGCUGACACGGAUGACGAUGAGCACCUACGCGACAUCUCUGACGCCAGUCCCACAGAUCGCCUGCUGAGCGACUCCAGCCCCAAACGCAGCAUCAACAUCAACUACCAGAGAGGCACCAACCAUUUAGAAGCCGCCCACAAGAUGCUAGGGCAAAACUGUCUAUUCCCACGGGAGGGAAUAUGCGGGGUUCCUCACGAGAACCACGUGGGACCCGAGAUAGGGCGCAGGCAAAAGGGGCGUCAAAACACUUUGGACAAAAGUCACUGAGUGCAGAGGUUCAAACUCUAAAGCAGGACAUGAGUGCUUGUGAUAGAAACACAGAGUCUCACUUCAAAAAGCACCUGAGCAUGCCAUUGGGCCACACGCUCAGACAGAACACAAAGGCCGACUCGGGGAGUAAAACAUUUGGAAAUACACAAAUUUCACUGCCCCCUUCUUUCAACUCAUUCCAAUCGGAUAUUCCACAAGACAAAUCAAGCACCCCAAAAAUGUAGCCAGCAGGUCUGCUCAGAGAUGCCAUGGCAUGUGCGUCUGAGGGUUCUCCCGACAUUCUCCAGGAGGAACAGUCCCCGCCGUCCACUGUCCCGUUAGCUAGUCCCGCUAGUUUUUGUAGUCUUGGAGAUACAGGAGAGGACCUAAAAAGCCUAUAAGCUACUUCUUCGUGCCCUCCAUUCCCAAACCUGGCCUUAGUCAUUUGCAUUUGUCGGGGGUGGAGCGGGGCGUGCAUGUCUGUAUUUAUGUGUGUGUGUGCAUGUGAGGAUGAUUGCUGAUGGAUGAUGCGAUGCUAAUUCAUGUAUACACACUUCUAAGAUUGUCCAAGCUGAUUUAUUUUUAUAUAGAUAAGAGGAAAAUACCUUAUAGAUACACGCUAUUUGAUGGUCUGCUUUGUCAUAAUCGCACGUGACACGUAAUCCCACGUUAAGGAUCGGCUUCAAGGAACGGAGGCUUGGGAUACGGGAGGCUCCCGUCAUCUGUUUGAAACGCAGUAUUUUGUCACAUGACAUCACAACAUAGUCACAACGCUGCCAGCGAACAUUAUCUUUUCGGAAUGGAUGAAAGAAGUAAGAGUUUUUUUGUUUGUUUUUUUUUUUAAUUUAUGGGUGACAGAGGCCACUUCAUUAGGUACACUUGCACCAUCGAACAUGAUUUAACACAAAUACAAAAAUAACAAUGCUCAGUUUUGAUUUAACAAUGUGUUUAUUACUGUUGCGUGCAUUUUGUUCGCCAUGCAUCUUGUAGACAGGAAGUGAACAAACUAUCCGUAACCGCUGAUAGGUGAAUUUCCGCAAAGUAGGAUUCCUUAUUUAUAAUUCUAAUAUUUUCAUAGUUAGACCAGAGAAAACCUGUUUACGACCUUCUAAAUAUGUUUUUAACAUGAUUAGAGCUCUCUACACAUAAAAAAUACCCCUAUGCCUUUACACUGGUAUUACCCAGUAUAGGAGACAUAAGAGAAAAUAAGACAUAAAUAAGACUCGUGCUUGUGUGUUUUUCUGUAAAUGUGUUCGGUUGGGAGGGAAGCUGAGUGGUGGGCAGACAGGAAGUGAUGUCGGAGUUUUAGCUCGCGGAUGCAACAGUAGCCCGUGGUUUUAUUAGGGAUUUUUUUUUAAAUUAGGGAUUAUUGUGCCUGCUGUGAGAUCACUCAAAACUGCAAUAAAAGCCUGUUGUUCCGGUGAUCAAGUCUGGUGUCUCACCAAACGUUACAGUAACAUUACUGACACCUAGUGACCACUGUAGAAUACUACAUAUCAGGUGAAUUAGGUGAAUUUGGAUUUUUGUUCAAAAAUUUUUAUGCUUGAAAAUGCUUAGUCAAAAAAUAUGUAACAUUGGCUUAAAUAUGCAUAUAUUUUUACUAAUAGUAGGACAUAUUCAACCAAAAAACAGCAUAAUUUAUUAAACAUAUUUUUGAAAAACCGGGAUAGAGUGAAGCCGCCAAAUUCAACGUGCGACGUGGCGAGGGAUAACUGCAGCUCUUAAAAGUGAGCAUUUAUUGACUUUGGAAAGGCAUAAAUGUGACGUGAUCGGCUUGUGUAGGUGUACCUAAUGUUGUGGCCAGCGUGUGUGCAUGCCUCAUGCCUACUGUCAACAUGCACCAGAUGGUUAACCAUACAAAAACAUGAUUCAUUUUAAACAGUCACAAAUGUUCAGCAUGCAUUGGCCUUAUUUUCACGUAUAGGGGGCGCGGGAGGUUGUAUAUAAUGAACAUGAUGUAUAAAUCUAAUUUAAGGAUACUACAGUAUACAUACACUGAACUGCACAUAAGCUGUAAAUGCUGAAACUGAAGACAUGAAGAGCACAGCACACCCAGGGAAGAUGCACACAGCUAAACUUCAAAAUAUAGAUAUAUACAGUAUAUAGAGACAUGCUUGGUUGCCAUGGUGACAGCAACCAUUGUUCAGUGUUUUAAUUGGGGUGGCGAGGUCUGACUACACGUACGACAACACACACACACGCCUGCACCCAUGACUCACUAUGAUGAUCUGAUGACGUCGUGUUUAUGUCCCGUCCAUGUCUAGGUGUUUUCAUUAGGAGGAGAACCAUGCACUUUAACGGCCUAUUCAUGCACAGAAAAUUGUUCAAUGCAGUUGACAUGCAGCACACUUAGAAAAAAAAUGCCUUUAAAGAGAUGUCUGGCCCUUUAAGAGAAACAUGGUCCAUGAAAGGGGGCAGAUCCUUGAAAAAAUUUUACUUGCAGGGAAAAAAAGCGUCAAUAGUCAAGGUCAUAUUUAAUAGUAGUGAGACUUUUUUUUUUCCCACAAAUCCCAAUUUCAUAUUGUGUUUUGAAGUACAGCGAGGGAAACCACAGUGUGCAAGGAAUAGCAAUGAGGGUGGAAGAGUGGGAGUGUGUGUGUGUGUGUAUGUGUGAGAUAGUGUGACGCUUAAUGGAAAAAGAAUUCCCAAAUGAAUGUACGCAUGACAAGGGAAAGCCUCCACGCUGACAGCAUCCCGCCGAAGUGCAACCAAAGCAUACGUGUACUGUACGCCCUAUUAAGUAUGAUAUUAAGCCCAAAAUCAGUCAAACUUCAGUCAAAUUUCGAGUUAAAUUGUUUUAAUGCCUUGAAUAGCAAUCUUUUAGCUGGAAAUGACACAAGAAAGUUGUGUUAAAGGAAAACUGCACUUUUUUUGGAAUUCUGAGGAAAGUCAAUCAUUUGCAUCGUUCUAAAGCAGGGAUGUCCAAACUUUUUCCACCGAGGGCCACAUACUGAAAAAUGAAAGGACGUAAGGGCCAUUUUGACAUUACACAAAAAAUAAAAUGCAUCUCAGCCUUGUGAUAUAGGAAAAAAGCAUAUUAUUAGUUUCAACUUUGCCAAUUUUAGAUACACUACACUUCAGUACCAUCUAGUGGCUCAAAUGUGACAUGACAGUGACCAUUGAAUGAUCAACUUAAUGAUUAUAUAGUCUAAAAAAAAAAAGCCAAAAUUAUCAAUUAUCGUCAAUAAUUUAUAGCACAAUUAUCGACCAGCAAAAUGUGUUAUCGUGACAGGCCUACGGGAGCCUAUCCCAGCUGACAUUGGGCGAGAGGCGGGAUACACCCUGGACUGGUCGCCAGCCAAUCGAAUCGCAGUGUUGUUUAAAAAUGAUGCCACAUAACCGUAUUGAAUGGUUGCAUUUCUUUUGCAAUGUAGCGAGCGACACUGUCUGUGAGCGUGCACCAUUUUGCUUAUAUUUGCAGACCAAACACCUCAGUAAGCGUUGACUGCCGGGACGAAGGCUCUGCUGCCCGAGCACCUCCAUUGGUACUUCCCCUGAAAUAUUCCCACAUACAUUCCUCAGUAACCAUCGCGUCUGUGCCUUCAUUCAUGUUGGCGUGGGCCGCCUCACGAACUAACUAACUGCAAACCCUGUGUAGCCACUCACUAGUAGCCCCGCCUCCACAAGGAGACUGAAAGAGAGGAGAGCUCGCUCUCUCAGUUCAUUCCACUAUGGAAGCAAUGCGCACAGACAGAUGAAGAGUGAACCCUCCUGUGGCACAGAGAGACGAGCAGAUGAGACGCACAUGCAUACAUGCACAUGCCAAUUCAUCGAGGGCGUCAUAAUUAUAAUUAGAAAUACCUGCUUUUUUUAAUCGUUCCAUUAAUCGUGACAGGCCUAAUCAUAUCGGCCUUGAGAAGCAGGAAGUUAUCGGUAUCAUUUUGAAAAGAUAUGACAAAAAAUAGAUGUGAGAUAACAAUUGUGUAAAAAAAAUGAUAAAAUGAAGAUAUAAUAGUGAUUAUAUUCUAAAAUUUAUAUCUCUAAUAUCUUAUUCCAGUCUUUCUUGUUGUUCUGCCACUUUCUUGUGCUAUUUUCCUGCUACAAGACAAUGAAUUGGAAGUUUCAUUUUCUUGGGGGGAAAAAAAAAAGCUGAAUUAUUUCAAGAAAAGGAUGUAAAAAAAAUUGCAUUUUACUUCGAGCCUUUAAAUGUCAUAUAAGGAGGCCGUUGCGCGGGGAAAAGGAGACCAUAAACACAAUGGACGUGUGCUCCUGUUCUUCUCUCAUUCAGCUCACACUGAUGAACGGCUCUCUAAUUGGAUUUCACUCAUGGAACAAGAUUAGGAAAAGCCAAGGCCAAUGCAUGCCCAACAUUUCAGCACCCCGUCGACAACAAUCAGCCCUGAUCGAUGACUGCUGAUUGCCAAUCAUCACCAUCAAUUGACACGCGUCACUCUACAGGACGUUUGGAGCGCACUUCCACGCUGUCUGCACGCAUCACCAUCUGUCCAAUCACGGCGCUUUUCAACAUAAACGCAGUCAGGGAUGAUUUUUGGCUGAAACCUAUGACGACAAUCAAUAUUUCACGAGUAGACAGCAAACACCACAGGAGAGGCUUGUAGAUGGAAGUCAAACAAACAGCACACUAAAGUUAUGGGCGGUGCUUUCUCGCAUCAAUUUAGUAGGACAUCCAACAAAAAGCAACAAUACACUCGUCCCUCGUUAAUCGGCUGGUUGGAUCAUUGAACUUUUCCGCGACAUUAAUACAUGGACUAUUUUUGUAAUUAUGGCAUUGAAAACCUGUUUACAAUGUUCUAGAUAAGGUUUUUAACAUUAUUACAGCCCGUAAGACAUGAAAUAACACCUAUAUAGUCAUCUUUACAUUUAGGCAUAAAUAAGAUACCUGACUCACGUUAGCAGUUCCUUGACUCCUUCUGGACCGCAUACUUCCACCAUUACCGCGAACUCAUCACUUGACUCGUCACUAAGGUUCCACAGGGAACACAUUUACUGUGACACUGCUUGAGCAGUAGUUUUAUUUACGUCUUAAAUGGCUUAUUUGCUCCUAUUUUGUCUACUAUAUACUACUUUAUACGAGUGUAAAGCCAUUUAAAGCCGCCAUAAAUUAUUAUUAUAAUGUAUUACAAUACAUCGAUUUAUUGUAAAGGAAUGGAACAAAAUAAGAGUAAAUAAGCCAUUUAAAAGUCGUAAAUCAAACUCCUGCUGUAGCAGUGUCACAGUAAAUGUGUUCCCUAGAGAACCAUAGUGGCGGAGGAUCGCUGGAAGUCCAAAGGAAAACAAGGAACUGCGAACGUGUGAGUCUGUUAUCUUAUUGAUGCAUAAUAUGUCUUAUUUUCGCAGAUUAUACCUACAAUAUUGGGUAAUACAAAUGUAAAAGUGACUAUAUGGGUGUUAUUUCAUGUCUUGCCAUUUAAAGGCGCCAUUACAGUACAUUGCUGUACUGUCAUACUUUGUUAUACAUUAUUGUAAUAAUGUAUUGAUGUACUUCUGCCAUUAAUGGCGACUUUAAAUGGCUUUACACUCUUACCCAACACGGUAGACAAAAUAAGAGUAAAGUAAGACAUAAAUAAACCACCUGCUGAGCAGUGUCACAGUAAAUGUGUUCCCUAGGGAAGCUUCAGUGACAACCCAGUGCCUGUCUCACCGAACAAUUACUGACACCUAGUGGCCAAUGUAGAAUACUACAGUCACAAUUAGAUUGCUUCUUCUGCCUUGUAUUUGUAUUUUAGUUCAUUUCGGUAGUUCAUUUAGCCAUUUCUAUCGAAGAAUAUGUACAAUUUGCUUAAAUAUUUUUUACCUUUUACUAAUAAUAGCCCAUGUUCAUCCACUUAAACAGCAGUCAUUCAUGAAUACAUUUUUGAAAAACCGUGAUAGCGUGAGGACGACUGUAACACCGUUUAUGAAAUUGUAUUUUAAACUGGAAAGCGAGUUUUUUUUCAAGUCACCCCAAAAAUGUCUGUUUUCUACUAACAGCAGUGCUUUUUGGUACACAAUCUUGUGGAAUUGUCCUGAGAUUCUAGUGAUUCGUGGUACAAAAACAAGUUUUAAUACCUAGACUGUGAUACUGUGACAUGAUUUUUUUUUUUUUUUUACUAUUACUUAAAGCACAGCUGUUCAGUUUGGUCACAUGAUAACACAAUAGAGUACUUUUCCCCAUAACAAGGCACUCCCAGCUGUACAGACGUGUGUUUAUGUCUAAAAUCCGGAAAGUUUGAGGCUGCGUUCACACUUUUGCUCCGCUAGGACGGUUCAUGUGGUCAAGCAAGAACGCCAUCAUCCGAACGCCGAUGUGCACCAAACCAGUGACCUCUGGUGCGAUUCAAAAGCAUGCAGGAAUUAUUUUUUUAUGUCAAAUUGAAGGCAAAAGGUUACGUGACUAAAAAUGUUGAACAAAAAAAAUUUGCGAUUUUUUCUGAUUAAAAAAAAAGUUUUAAUUUCACAAGAAAAGUUUUUUAAAGUCAUUUAAAAAAGUAAAAAUAAAGGCAUAACUGUACAUAAGAAUAAAUUCAUAAUUUUAAGGUCAAUACAGACACGGACUAGUGUUAAAAUGACAGAAAAAGCACGCAAACAUUUGAUUUUUAUUGAUUUUUAUUUGAUUUUUUUAAUUUUACAAGACUAAAGGCAAAAACGUUACACGACUAAAAAUGCUAUUUCACAAAAAAAAGUUGCCUUUUUUUUCCUGUUAAAAAAAAAGUUUAAUUUCACAAGAAAAGUUUUGAAAAGUCAUUUUAAUAAGUAACAAAAAGUCAGAAUUUUACGAGAAUAAAACCAUAAUUUUGAGGUCAAACGUGAGCACGGACUUGAAAAUUAGAGCAAAAAGUAUGCAGAUGUUUUUGUUUUAUUUGACAUGAAUAAAGCCAAAAUGUUAGAUGACUUUAAGUGCUUCAUUACAAACAAAAAGUAGAUUUUUUUUCUGAUUAAAAAAAAGUUUUAAUGUCAAAAGAAAAGUUUUUAAAAGUACUUUUGAAAAGCAACAAAGUCAAAAUUUUGACAUUUUUUAAAUUUCACAAUAAAGGCAAAAUGUUACAUGACUGAAAGUGUUUUAUUACAAAAAAGUUGAUUUUUUUUCUGAUAAAAGUUCUUAAUUUCACAAGAAAAGUUUUAAAAAAUAAUUUAAAAAAGUAACAAAGUCAUAAUUGUACAAAAAUAAAGCCAUAAUUUUGAGGUCAAACGUGAACACGGACACGGGCUUUAAAAUAACAGCAAAAGUCAGGCUGACUUUUUUUUUUAUUUCAAUUUGACAAGAAUAAAGGCAAAAGUUAGUUUUACUUUUUAGUUUUAGUAGUUUAAAAGUAGUUGAAAAGUAGUUUUAAAAAGUAACAAAAAGUUAUAAUUGUACCAGAAGAAAGCUGUCCUAUCAAGUCCUUUCUUUAUGAACAUGUUUUUUUUUACUGUGCAGCUUUUGGUCACAUGAUUAAAAUGCCAGCAUGAACGCUAAGCCAAGCGCACAUUUUCACAUUUUCACAAUUUCACCCGGACCACAAGUGUGACCGCAGCCUUGCUGUCAUUAGAAAGGAUUCCAGCCCCUCUAGCGCUGUGUUACAGGGCUGGGGUCCAUUCGGGGGCGUCGGUGUGCAGGAGAAGCGACAAGGAAAAAAAAGCACGCGUUGACUGGAGAAAGGAGAAGAAAUACUCCAAACAUAUAAUCUCUAUUUUUCUACAAUUGAAAGCUCUCAGUGGAAUUGACCCCGACCUUGCCUAAGCCAUCGGUCUUUGUAAAGUACACACUCUUUCCAGGGAAAAGAACAAAAAGAUUGACAAAAUCUCUUAUACAACGUUGUUUGUAGGUCCCGAGCUUUUCUGUUUUGUACGAAAAAAACAACAUAACAAAAAAAAGCAACACAUUUCUACCUGUUGACUUUCUAUGCUGUCGUUUGUGUAUUCAUGUUCUAUUGUUCGGUGCAUGUCGUAACUUUGCCGCCGUGGCUGCUUGUGGCGCACACGCAGCCAUGUCCUUCUUGUCUUGUGAGGAAGAAAAAAGAAAAAAAAGAAAAAAGAAAAACAACAAUGUCAAUGUCCCGAGAUGUUUCUAUUUCUUUCAGGAAAAGCGAGCGUUCCCCUCCCUCGGAUGACUCCGAAUCAAAUAAAGCAGAUCACUUUACAUUUUCAUGAAGAAUGUCUGACUUUCAUUGCCGUCUUGAGUAGAUGAAUACUUGCAGAGUGAGGAUGAUGAGGAGGAGGUCAUAUGAAGAGGAAGGUAAGGUCAGUGGGGCAGGAGCAGGCCUCCAGCCUCCUGACAGGCCUCCAUGCGCCUCUGCAUUGGGGGUUCCCCACUGCCUGCCAGUGGAGAGGCUGCCUCCUGCUGGCGAGUACCGGUACUUCAACAUUCUCAUGCGGAACAAUGUCGCCUUCUACUGGCAGUCACGUGCAAACGUUUGUGAUUAUUCCUGAGAGAAGAACUACGAAAAACAAGAUCACCUCCUUUCUUGGCUGGCUGGACAUUCCACUCAUUUAUUCUCACAAAAUGACAUCUGUACAAUAAUAAUAAUACCGUUUUAAUCUUAUAAUUUACAAUGUUUCAUUCUUGUAAAACUACAACUUUAAAAAAGAAUGAUACUCUAGUUCUAUUCUUGAAAUAUUGCAACUUUUAGAAAUAAUAUCAUUUUAUUUUUGCAAUACUGCAACUUAAAUACUGU